AUGGCAAUUUUAGAGCCUAGAAUAAGUGGAAAUCAAGCUGAGAAAGUCAUCUCUAAACUUGGCUUUGAUGAGCAUGUAAAAUCUGAGGCCAAGGGUUUCUCUGGGGGUAUUUGGUGUUGUUGGAAUAAAGCAUCCAUUUCUGUCCAUGUAAUCUCAAUUCAACAUCAAUGUAUUCAUCUCCACAUCAAUCCAAAUGAGAAUGGGGGCUGGUUUCUCUCUAUCACUUAUGCCAAUCCUCAGGAAAGAUUUAGACAAUCUUUGUGGGAGGAUCUUAUAGUCUUUAAAGACCAAAUUCAGGGUCCUUGGUGUGUCACCGUAGAUUUUAACUCUAUCCUCUUUGAAUCCGAGAAAAUGGGUGGUGCUCCCAUUAAUCAAGCCGCUGCAAACAGAUUUCUGGAUUGUCUUAAUGUUUGUGGUCUUGAAAGUGUUGAUGCCCAUGGUACUCUUUUCACUUGGCAAAGGGGGAAUCUCAGAGAAAGACUAGACAGAUCUGUGGUUAAUUCUGUUUGGAGAACUACUUUUCCCAAUGUCUCUGUGACAAACCUCCCUCUUCCCUUCUCUGAUCAACGUGCUCAGUGGAUUAGAAUGCGACCCUUGGGGAGGGGCCCCAAGCCCUUCAAAUUUAUUGCUAGCUGGAUUAGCCACUCUGAGUUCAAAGACCAAAUCACCCAGAAUUGGAGACCCUCAGACUCUUGGCUUAAUAAUAUUGAGAGAUGCACAGAGCAGCUGAAGACUUGGAAUCAAACUGUCUUUGGAAACAUUUUCUUUGAUAAAAAAAGGAUUUUGGCCAGACUCCAAGGUAUCCAAAAAGCUCUUUCUACAGCCCCCAAUCCUCACCUUCUCAAGCUCAAAAAUGUCCUCUGGAAUGAUUAUGAUGUCAUCCUUAGAAGAGAAGAAGUUUAUUGGGCUCAGCUAGGGGUGUCAAAGCGGAGUACUAUAUGCAGACAACAGUUCAACAGGGUGGAAGCUCUUCUUGACAAUCAUGGCACUUGGAUUUAUGACAACUGUGGAAUUCAAACUAUCUUGAGAGACUUCUUCUCAAGCCUCUAUGAAUCUGAUACAAUGGACCCUUUUGAUUUCCAUUCUGCUGGAAAUUUUCCCAAAGUGACUAGAUCUGAUCAAGAGAGAAUGAUCUCCACCCCUAGUCUUGAGGAGAUUAAACAAGCCCUUUUUAGCAUUGGAAACCUGAAGUCUCCGGGUCCAGAUGGCUACCAUGCCCUCUUUUUCAAGCAUAACUGGGAUACUUUGAAGGAGUCCAUUAGCCUUUUUGUGAAUAGAAUUUUUCUGCAACCAAAGCUUAUUGAAGAGGUGAAUGCAACUGUGAUUGCUCUCAUUCCAAAAGUGAAAGUUCCAGAAAGAGCGAAUCAAUUCAGGCCCAUAGCUCUCUGCAAUACCAGCUAUAAAUUGGUGACCAAGCUCCUAGCCUCUCAUCUCAGUGAGAUACUCCCCAAGCUUAUUGCUCCUAACCAAUCCAGUUUCAUUAAGGGCAGAAGCACUGUGGACAAUGUCCUUAUCCUCCAAGAAGUCAUUCAUUCUUUUAAAUCUCUUAAGGGGAAGAAGGGAUUUAUGGCCAUUAAAUUGGAUCUAGAAAAGGCAUAUGACCGCAUUCAAUGGCCUUUUAUAGCUAAUACCCUCAGAUUCUUUGGGUUUGAUGAUACUUUUAUAAAUCUGAUUGAACAAUGCAUCUCUACUUCUUCUAUUGCUAUUGCUUGGAGAGGAGAAUACCUUGAUUCUUUCAAACCAUCCAGAGGAAUUCGUCAAGGCGACCCGAUCUCUCCUUACUUAUUUGUCCUUUGUAUGGAAAGACUUGGCCACUUAAUCCAAGAUGCUUGUGGCAAUGAUACUUGGAAGCCUUAUGUAGUGGGAAGAUCUGGACCCAAACUAUCCCACCUAAUGUUUGCUGACGAUGUAAUCCUUCUAGCGGAAGCCUCUAUGGACCAAGCUAAGCUUCUCCAACAGACUCUAACAAAAUUCUGCAAUUCAUCUGGUCAGAGAUUAAGUUUGCCUAAGUCUCGUGUUUUAUUCUAA